AUGGCGGACUCCUGGGAAGCGGCUGAUGCCGCAUCGGCGGCGGAGCGCGAGAUUCUUUUGAACGGGACGCCAGAUGAAAAGAUCAACACCUGGCUCAAGCUCACGAAGAAUGAUCAGGGCCGUCUCAAGGCCGGGGAGUGGAUGCGCUCACUGAUUCCCAACCUCAAGCUCGUAUCCACCAACCCAACGGGGCCUCAUCCGUCUUGCACCUUCGCGUAUACCGUGCAGCCAGAGAACUGUAACCGGCUCGACAACCUGCACGGCGGGUGCGCGGCCACGCUGUUUGACUUCUCCACCACGCUACCGCUGGCUCUUGUCAACCGCCCAGGUUUCUGGGAGUUUAUGGGCGUCAGUCGGACGCUUAACGUCACCUACAUGCGCCCUGUGCCUGUGGGUGAGGAGGUAUUGCUGGAAUGCGAGAUUGUCCAGGUGGGCAGGAAGCUGGCGACACUGCGGGGCGUCAUGAGGAGGAGGAGCGACAACGCCUUGCUUGCAGUUUGCGAGCACGGGAAGCGGAUGGCUGCAGACACUAUGCUCCUCAUCAACCUCCCCGCCGAGGUGCUUCAGCUGAUCCUCCAGUGGCUCGACCCCGCUGACAUCAUCCUCAUCCUGCCCCAAGCUCCGGGCCUUCGCCAAAAGCAACAAGGCGCUGUGCCGUGCCGUCUACCUGAAACACUUGGUAUGAAGCGAUAUUGUAUUCGCAACCCCAACAUUAAAUGUGCGAUUAACAACCUGCAGGACACGCCACAGGAUCUGGACUUGGACUGGUGUACUGAGAUCCAUGACCUGGUCCGUCUCGAAGCGAUAUGCCGUCGCAGCGACGCCGCCGACAAGGUCGUCAACCGUCUCCUCAGCCACGCUUCGGCUAGUCUCGAGACCCCCCCAGGCGUCAGGUCCCAUGCCACCUCCAUAAACGUCUUGUACCUGAACCAGAUUCUCGGCGAUAAAUCCAACUUAGAGGCCUUCCUCCAGCGGUCUUUCUUGUUCGAGCGUGUGCGCAACGAGCUCCACCAUCCCAUCCGUGCCAGCGGCGCAGGCUCGUCCAAGGCGCUUCUCCAUCAGCGAAGCGCAAAGUUGCACUGUCUGUAUGGCAAACCCAUUCUUAGCCUCGGAUCUACGAGAGCCUCUCGCACCUAUCCAUAUGCUUGCUCCAAGGUGUAUGAUCUGCGUCAGUAUACCGAGCGUACCCACUGGGGCCCGUUCCUCGACGAUGGAUCCGACCGCGUCGACUGGGAGAAGGUAGAGGCCAUUCUUAUCGUGCUCGCGAAGAAUAUUGGAACCAGACGCUUCGUUUCCGACCUGUUCAGGGAAGUUUGGGACAGCCCCUUCUCCGGCUCCUGGCCGGGAAGCUACCUGGGACAACCCAGUCCUGCACUCACAUCCCUUGAGAGCAGAGACCCAUACGAUGUCACCGGCACAUGCUACAACUUCCCCGCUGAGGACCUCAUCGGGCGAGACACUCCACGCCCUGCCCUUGAUGUUGGCGAGGCCACCCGUAUCCUCCAGAUGAACCUCAAAAUCCACAAAAUCGAGCCUCCCGGGCCCGAUGAUGGACAGGACCUGCCGGUGGUGCAUUUCAAGGGCGUUACACGCUCACUUGACGACUCGUUUGACGGCAACGGCAACUCCCAAAUGCGAGGGUGGCACACUAUAGGUACCGUUCGAUUGACCAGAGAGGGCGAAGUGCGCUGGACAACUUUCUCCAUCUUCAACGGUCAGGAGCGCUGGCGUAGCGAGGGCAUCCAGGUCGGCGGAGUUCGGUCCGCCCGCGGCGUCGUGGGCAACUGGUUCGACAGAGACUAUGACGCCCACGGCCCCGCCGGCCCAACUGCGUUCUGGAAGGGCCCUACGCGGGACAGGGCCCUACCCCAGGACGACAUGCUACCGAAUGACUUCUUCGUUCCCUACGCCAUACUCCUCCAUGUGGAUGGUGAAGACGAGGAUGAUGAUGAUGAAUAUGGAGACGACGAGGAUGAUCCGGAGGAGGAUGUCCAGCGAUUUACCGUUACAGUCGAUAAUCGGCCUCAGGUGCUGGAAGCGGAACCCAGCCAUUUAUAUGCGACGGCGCAAGCUCAUGAUGACUGA